AUCUACCUCUAAGUCACGACGAAGUAACUCCAAUUGACCUCGCCAGCAUGAGGCCAACAGCUCGUGUGUUUGCGCGCUACCUGGAGGCCGGUACCCCUACCGGUCUCACCGGUCUCUGGACACAUGCCACCCCCAGAUCGACCCUCCUCUACCUCUACGGAACGACCCUCAACAGGCUCCAGAAAGUCCCCGAGAACUCCAUGUACCGCCAAUCCGUCGAGGCCGUGACAAAGCACCGCAUGUCACUUGUCGAGCAGAUGGUUCCUCCCGGAUACAACGAAUGGGCGGCCCGCGCCAAGGAGCUCGUCAGCAAGAACUCGUCACAGUUCCGCGUUUCCAGCGGCCGCAUUGACGGCAGCGAAGCUCACACCGUCAAGCUCGGCGACAAGGUCUUUGUGGUGGGCCGAAAGCACGAGGCUAGCGAUGUCCGAAUCGAGGAGUGGGACGGCGAGGAGGAUGAGGGUUCUGAGUACGAGGGUAUCCGAACACUCAAGGAGCGAGAGGACCAGGCUACUUGGGCGGAGCGCAAGCCCCUCGAGGAUCACGAGAAGGUUGAGUGGGAGGAUGAGCCUCAAAUGACCGCUGAGCAAGUCCACGAGCUCGAGCAGAAGAUCGGAGCUGGUCUUAUUGAGGAGAUUAUCCAGGUUGCCGAGGGCGAGCUCAAGCUGGUUGAGACUAUGGAGAAGACCAAGGUCUGGGAGGACCUUGACGAGAAGCCUGUCCCUGGCCAGUGGACUUACUUUGACCGAACCUAAACAAAGCAGCUGACGAACGGGGCAAUUGUAAAAGUAGAGGAGGUUAUGUAUAUAGGAUGCGUGUGCUGGGCUUUGCGACUGGGUCAAAGAAAUGAAACAGAGCUUGAUUGAUCAUUUGCUUGUUUGCGAUGAGCCUUGAUGAUAACGAUAUCAGAUUUCAUCAAGUGACCGCAGCGUAUU